AUGCUGCACAAAAUUACAAGUAUUUAUAAAAAUUCGAAAAUAGCGCAAGGCCGUCCUUUUUCUCUACUCGUAACACUCUUCGCAUUGACCGAGCUGUACGUACGAUUGGAGGCCACAAACUUGCCCGUAUCGCUACCUCAAAUCUGCAACAAUGAAGAGUGUGAAUGUAACGUUUACGGCUUCGAAUGUCAAUUGAGGGAUAAAUUCGGUUUGGUCACGGUUGAGGUCCAUAUGACGGAUGUGGAUGGGCCACUCGUUAUACAGGAUCUGAAGAUUACUUGUGUGCAGGAGCCAUUCGAUAUAAAUCUGCUGUUAAGCCAAAUAUCGGAAAUAGGUUUACGUACAAAUACCAAAUUCUAUUUAAAAAAAUGUCUUAAGCUGCCCCUUUUGUUCUGUCAACCAAAUAUAACCUACAGCGGCAGCGUCGAAUUCCAUCCUUACAUCGAUGUGCGCGCAGAUUUCUUUCGACAUUCAAAGCAACUAGAGAAGUUGACGUUACCUGUAAAGGUGCAAUAUGUUGAUGAUCCAUUGCCUGGGCAAUUGCUGCAUAAUUUGACAAGCUUGAAGUGUUUGGAAUUGAUCGCCUGGUGCUCGCUUGUACAACUAAGUUGGCCCGUAGACCUCUUUCACACACUGUACAAUUUGGAGGCACUGUCUUUGGAGGUGGUGUCGAUGCGUACAUCGCUCCAGGGCAUGGUGAGCACACAUUUUCGUGAUUUGCGUGCAUUAAAGCAACUUAAAUUGGACUCGAACUACAUGAAGACGCUAGCCGCAGAUCUCUUCGCUGCACUGCCAGAAUUGAAUCGCUUGAGCUUAAAGUACAACAGCUUGGAUGAAUUGCCGCAAAAUCUGCUGCGCAUGCAACGCAAGUUGGUCGUGCUCGAUUUGUCCAAUAAUAAGCUGAAAGCUUUGCCAUCUGGCUUGUUCGACAACACACCGCUAUUAUGGAACCUGGCACUAUCGAACAAUCGACUCAGUGUGCCAUCGAAUAUUAUCGAAAAUUUGCAUUCGCUAAGCUAUCUGUAUAGACUUGAUUUGGAUGACAAUAGUUUCGAGACCAUUUGGGGUGCUGGCAAAUACAGUAAUAUGUCACUUUUCUCACGCGAUAACAUUUCGGAUCCACAAAUGGUGCCGCACUUCGAGAGAAUGGCUUACGACGCCGCGGACAAUAAAGAUAGGCAUCCACUAAAUUACGUAGAAAUCAUACUAAGAAAAAAUAGAAUCUCACAUUUCGUCUUUGACUGGAUUGCUAAGUCGGGUAUCAGGUGCCCCUAUUUCAUCGAUCUCUCACAAAAUGCCAUACGCAGUGUCCAAGCGAUUGUGCGACCGCCCGCCACUAGUUGCAUGAAUGAAGUGCAUUUGAGCGACAAUCCGCUAGCAUGCGACUGUGAAUUAUCUUGGAUCUACAAUACAAACAUACUCGUGGACGGCGAUUAUUGGACUUGUGCGACGCCAUCCCAAUUGAGCGGAAAUGGCUUACAAAACAUGCAACGCACCGAUCUUUGCAGCUGGUCACCGGCUUGGUGCCCCGAUAAGUGCGUUUGUACACAGCAUUCCAGCAUGCUGGUCGUCGAUUGCAAACGCGCCCGUUUGCAAAGUCUUGUCGAGUUGCCGCGUCCCGAACAGCUGUCGCUUAAGGAAACUAUGCUCUAUCUUGAGCACAACCUCUUCUAUCAGUUGCCCUCGAAUGCCACCUUUGGCUAUGCGAAUGUGACACGUCUGUACGCCGCACAUAAUCGCCUCAACGUUGUAUUGGCCUCGCACUUGCCACCAAAUCUCAGCUUGUUGGACGUGCGCUCUAAUCAUUUGGAGCAUUUGAGUGCCGGUUUCCUGCUCGCCUAUCUCAAUGAGAGCGCAACACUAACCGAGUUAUAUCUCUCCGAUAAUCCUUGGUUGUGCGAUUGCGAAGCUGAGCUACUGCUAUACACAGUGCGCGCCCAACGCAGUCGCAUUCCCGAUGUUGACGAGCUAUAUUGCGCUAAUUUGCCGAAUGCAACACUUUUAAAUGUGACAUUCACGGACAUUUGUGAGCUUCCUACCGGCAGCUUCGGUUUCAUGGUGCAUCUUAUAGCCAUUUUUCUCGUUAUUCUAGUGCUACUCAGUCUCAUUACGCUCUACUACAAAUACGAAUUGGAGGUGAAAGUCUGGUUACAUGCCCACUGUUUCGGUCUGAUGUGCUUCAGCGUGGACGAGCUGGACAAAGAUAAAACUUUCGAUGCCUUCAUAUCAUAUUCGCACAAGGAGGCGCACUACGUGAAUCGCAUACUGGUGCCGGGGCUUGAAUACGGAGUUCCAGCGUUCCACAUAUGUACGCACGAACGGAAUUGGCUUGCCGGCGCCUACAUACCCGAACAGAUUGUGGAGUCCGUGGCACAAUCGCGUCGCACGAUCAUUGUGCUCUCACAACAUUUUGUCGAAUCGGACUGGGGACGCAUGGAAUUCAAAACGGCGCAUCAGUGUGCCGUUAAUGAGGGACGUGCGCGCAUAAUCAUUAUUAAAUAUGGCGAGAUUAACAACAUGGCGGGUCUUGAUAGUGAGUUGGAGGCUUAUUUGAAAAUGAAUACAUAUCUCGAGUCAGAAGAUCCCAGAUUUUGGCAAAAACUACGGUAUGCGAUGCCGCAUAGAAGAGGUGAAGGCAAGAAGGCUGGCAUGCUUGAGGUGGGCGAAAGAGUUUACGUUACUGGGCAGGUGGAGUUGAACCAAUUGAAAGGAUUGUAAAGAAAGUCAAAGAACAACAGAACUUUCAUAGUUAGAUAAAUUUAACUUUGUAUAGCAAAAUGUUAGCCACUUCAUACAAAUGUCUGUAUUAAUU